CUUACUUUUACUGAUGCCGCUUUACUUAAUCCCUAAACCUCCCCCUCAUUUCACGGAUUCUGCCAGAUCAAUACCACCGCGAGCGCCACCGGCGAUGGCGCUUCUGCACCUUCUGCACAAAACCGCCACUACUAUCCUGAACUCCAGCAAACCCCACAUUUUUUCCUCCUCCUCCCACUUCUCGACAUCCUUUCUGAUUACCAAAACCCCUAAGAAAUUCAAGAAGAAACGCAAGAAAAAGGAUAGCCCUCGCACGAACCUGGUCCAAACCCAACCAAAUCUUGUACGCCACUUCGAAAACAUCCUUCUCAGAGAUGCCCACUUCAGAUUCCUCACCAAAGCUAAGGAGUUCCUCUCUAAACAACCGCAACAAGUCCUACUCCUUGACGAAGCCGGCAAACUCCACCAGCAGCUCGGCUUUCCCCGCGGCCGGAAAGUUAUCAGGUCGAUACAGCGCCACCCCUUAAUUUUCCAAACCUACCGGCAUACGGAUAAUAAAAUGUGGUUCGGGUUUACUGAUUUCAUGGAUGAGUUGCUGCGCGAGGAACAGGGGAUUAUGAAUGAGUUGGAGCGAGAAAGAGUUGAUGUUGUGAGGAAAUUAUUGAUGAUGUCUGUGAAUAAGAGGAUACCUUUGAGUAAAAUUUACCAUAACAGGCUCUUGUUUGGGAUCCCGGAGGAUUUUAGAGACAGGGUAGCAAAGUACCCGAAUUAUUUUCGAGUAGUUGUCGAGGAGGAUGGGAAGAGAGUGCUCGAGCUCGUGAACUGGGAUCCGACAUUGGCGAUGAGUGCAUUGGAGAAGGAAUUUUUGGUUGAUGAGGAUAAGGUGAAAAAAGCCUUUAAAUUUCCUAUGAAGCACGGUAAAGAAUUGGAGUUAGAUGUGGAGGGUGAGAGGAAGUUGAAUAUGUUAAACACAUUGCCUUUGGUAUCGCCUUAUUCGGAUGGGAGCAAGUUGGAUUUGUGGACGUUAGAAGCGGAAAAGUAUAGGGUGGGAGUGAUUCACGAGUUCUUGAGCUUGACGUUGGAGAAGAGAGCUUACAUACAUAACAUUGUUGAGUUCAAGGAUGAGUUAUGUCUCACAAAACAUACUUAUCAGAUGCUUUUGAAGCAGCCUUGGACUUUUUACUUGGCUGGUACUGAGAUGAAUUGGUGUGUAUUUUUGAAGGAUGCUUAUGGGGAAGACGGAGUGCUGAUCAACAAAGAUCCACAGAUUGAAUUCAAUGAGAAGCUUUAUAUGUAUGCAGAGAUGCAAGAACUGGAAUCUGAGAGUUAUAUCAGUAAGAAAUGAGGGUAUUUUGAGGUUUGAGUAUCGUUGGAUUCUAAUAUCUCGGAGAGUGAAUUUGGAAACAGAUUUUGCAUAGCGUCCGGGAGAUAGAGAUUGAUGACAAGACAAUAUUUAGUAUAUACUAACAAUACGAGGUAAUAUUAAGGAUCUUGGAGUUAAUUAUCAUGUUUUGCUGUUAAUUGAGUGAGAAUCUGUUGUUACUCUCGUGACUCUCGUGUUAAAGGAAUAGAAUUGCUGGGAAAUUAUUGUAACAAGCUUCUUGUGUCUUACUCUGUUCUUCGAUUCACUCUAUUGUAGUGUCGUCCGUUAUUUCUAGAGUUGGUAGACAUUUGUAAGACCUGUUUUACCUGCUGCAAACUUGAAGCAUAUAAUAUAUCCUUUUUCUUCAAACAA